CUGGGCGUGGUUUGGGCCGAUGUGAGCUGGUUGUUGUCGGGCACAAGAAGCGCCGCGGUUUGUUUUUUCGUUUGGCUAAUUUAUUCCUUUUAAUUGUUUUAGAUAUGGAUAUCCACAAGCCCAGGAAUAGCAACCACACUUCACCCUCACUGAAGUUGUCCAAUGGCUACAUUCUACCUGAGGGCAAAUUGACUCCUAAUGCCCUCUUUGUUGGUGGGAUUGACAUGAAGGUGGAUGAAAAUGAAAUGCGGGACUUCUUUGCCAGAUAUGGUGCUGUUAAGGAAGUGAAAAUUAUCACGUACCGUGGAGGAAUCUGCAAAGGGUAUGGGUUUGUGUACUUCAAUGAAGAUGUCAACAUUCAGUCAAUCAUCGAGCAACAGAUAAGUUUUAAGGGCCGGAAACUCAAGCUGGGCCCUGCCAUCAUGAAAGAAAGGAGCUCUCGGUCCAUGCCAUCCCGUCUGGUGGGCCCAGCUCCAUGGAUGAGCCCCACUCAGUACUUCUACUGCGCUUGCUGCUCACCCGUAGGAGGCGGUAUGGCACAACCUUCACCCAUCCUCAGCGGAGGCAGCCCCUACAAUCAGCCGUACUCCUACUCCAACUUUGGAGGGGUCGUGAUCCCACAGAUGCCAAUGAACUACGCACAGAACGCUUAUGCCUACCAGUACACUCCACCUCAAUGGAUGGCGGACCAGAGGACACGGCCUGUCAAUCAGAACUUUGUGGACUGUGGAGUCCAGACUAUGCUGACUGUGCUGUAGUCCAGAGCUACUGAGCCCCUUGCCAGAUACAAGCUACAGUGAGUCAAAAUGCAGACAGGAUCACAUCUUGAUGUUACGGACGGCUAGAAGCAACCCAACUCCCUCGCACUGUUUCCAGAAAGCCCUCCCCUCUCCUUUCCUUCCCUCAACUUCUGAGACCCAUUUUAACACCAGACUGCAGGAGCUCUCUCCACUCAAACUGUACCAGUUUGAUCACAGUCACUUUGACCACAACUGGUAGGGACCACAGUCGCGCGGUCAGACGCUUUUAACCCCACGUGGAUCACAGUAACAGUCACACAUGAAGAGCAGAGCACCCUCACCGUACCAGCUGAUAUAUGGGCUCACAUUCUUUUUUUGUUGUUUUGUUUUCCUUUGUUCAUUAUCCCAAACAAAAAAGACUUUUAAGCUCACCCUUUGUG